UGCACGCUCGCGCAAUGGCUCUGUGUGGAAAUCAGGCACGUCAAUGAAAGCUGCCGCUGCUCGUGCCGUACACGUUCCGGCUUCAUCAACAGAUCGGAAGCAGACGAACCACCAGAAGGGUAGUAGAGCUCCGGAAUCCUGCAGACUGAGGACUUCCAUGCUUGUGCUUGAUGGGCGAGUCAGGACCACGUCGCUCCACCCUGGUCUCCAGGCUGCCCAUCUUCCGGCGCAGUGUGAGUAAGAGGCAGGACUCGCUCCCAUCCUCGCCCUCCUCGGGAGGUGUGGGCAAUGGCCUCCACACCUCCUCCCCCUCCAGCACCAACUCGAGCUCGAGCAGCACGGGCAAGCGCCGCAGCCUGUUCCGGGCGCCCGCCAUCGGCUUCCACGGCAGGCGGAGCGGGGGGCCCUGCGCCGACCCCGCCUCGCUCAGCUUGGACGGCCGGAGCCAGGCGUCCGAGCUGGGCUUGGCCGCGGGCUGCGACUCCAAGGUGCGCCAUUCCUUCGGUUUCGGGCGGCACAGGAAGCGGAUGAGCCGCUCCCAGACAGAGGACCUCGAGAAAGCCUCCGGCAAUCGCAACGUGUUCAUCAACUGCAUCAGCUCGGGGACUAACGAGGGCGAUGAUUCGGGGUUCCUGGAUGAUGGCAGCAGCAAGAGGUCCUCUAGGCACAGGAAGCAGCUGCUUCCCAAGUCCUUUUCAGCUCACCACCGAUUUUCCAAGAACUCCUUCAAUGUUCCCGAGCAGGGUAAAAGCCAGGAGGAGGUGGGGGAACCUCCCAAAACAGGAACCCCAGGUUCCUGGCCUGGAGAGCUGGCCGAAAGCUCUCUGCAGUCCCCCAUGAUCUCCGAGGACCGUACGACCGCCGUCACGCCCUCGGACUUCGUCCACAUCACGGAGGACUCUGUCUCAGAAGUGGAUGCGCUGCCCGCCCCGAGUCCGGCAGCCCCACCUGAGACCUCGGGCCACGAUGCGCCUACCUCGUGCGUGUGCUUCAGCCCGGGCGAGGCCGCUACGGAGCAGCCUCUGUUGCUGGACGCUAGCCACCCGGCCAACGGGCAGUGUGAGAGCACCGCGGUCUACGCAGAGCCGGCAACCCUGCAGACCGUGGAGGAGAUCCACCUGGAAAAGCAGGAGGCCGGCGGGUGUGAGCAGGCCCCGGAGCCAAGUGAGGAGAGCAGCUCCAACCCAGAGCCCCGGGAGAGGAAGCCACGGAACCCAGUUCUCAUCCAGCAGGUGGGAAAAUUGAGCGGCCUGGCUAAACUGGAGAGCAAGCCCAGACAUCCGAGGAAGCCCCACACAGUGUCCAUGUGCAGCAGCAGUCCCUACCACGACGUGAUGCGGAUGGAGAAGCGGCUCAGGUCGGCCUCGGAGGGCGCCGGGGGGCCCAGGCUUCACCUCAACCUCCGAGAGCCGCACUGCCUGGAGACCAGCACCCUGGCCGAGCAGAGGACCAACUCGUCGUCCUCCAAGAUGGGCAGCCUGGAUUUUAUGCUCAAUUUUGGCUCCUCUGAACUAGACGAGGACGAUUUAAUGCUGGACCUGGAGCUCUCGGACGACCAGAGGCAACGGCACGCUUCUCAGGAAGACUCCAGCCAAUCUCUCGCUUCCUGCCUGAACCUGCUGCCUUCUCCCCUGGAGCCCACUGCUGACCAGACCCCUGCGAAGGAGUCCAGAGAGCACAACAGGGAGCCGCGGCCACGCUCGCUGUGCCUGCCCCGCGACGAUGACCCUCCCGCCAGCCUGGAGGCGCUCCCCUUCAGGCAGAUGCAGCAGGACUGUACGGCAACGAAGACUCUGCUCUUACGCCUGCGCAGACUCCUUCAGGAGAGUACUGAGACCAGUCCUGCCAGCAGCCUUCAUUCGUUACCCAUAAGCCCUUGCAGUGAGAAAUCCCUUCUUCUCAAGGAUCCAGGGAGUGAAGAGUGCCAGUCCCUGCAGCAGCAGCUAAAGGAGAGAGAUGAGCUGAUCCUCAGACUGCAGGCUGAGCUGGAAGUUGUCCGUAAUGCACAGAAAACUCUUUGCCAAAAAGCUGAUAAAACAACCCAGACAGAUCUUGCAGUCUCAGAGCGACGGGACAGCUCUGGCCUGGUGAAUCGUCAGGGAGAGGAAGACAGCUGGAGGGGAAGGAAACCCUGAAGAAACGCGUCCCGGCUCAUCCAGCAGGUUCUCUCCCCGAGGUCCGCUGCUCCACUUAGAGCAGUCUGCUGGGAACGCCAGCUCUCUCUCUCUCCCCCUCUCCCUCUCCCUCUCUCUCCCAGUCCUAGUUCCGCAGCUCCGCCCGAUCAGGUCCAGCAAGGGAAAGACAGGCCGGCGUGCCUCGGUCUCACCAUCGUCCCUGUGCGAAACUGGAGCAUGUGUCUCGUGUGUUUUUAAGAAUGACCUUGCCAGAAUUCCGGAACGCCGCAGCCGGCCGAUGAGGCAGCGCUUAGCCCUCAGCCUUCGACGUUGGCGGUGCCGCUCGACUCCGUUCGGCAACCGCCGAAAGCCAAAUGCAUGUUGGGACAGAAGAGGGACCCCUCAUCUGCGUUGUCCCUGGCGCCGCCAUUACCGUAACAACCACUCCUUCACAUCGAAUGCCACGAUGGUGUGGUCGUUUUGGGGGGAAUUGAACAGUGUAACAGGAACUCUCCUAAUCAUGAAAAUUGUUCUAGAGCAUCUCAUUCAUUCAUGAGACCAACUGUGGGUAACAGAUUUCAGAACUGACUCUAAGUUAUUUAUUUAUUUUGCACCUUAUUUGUGUGCGUUGUGCGUUACAUUAUUAUGUGUCGAAGGUCUUAUUUUAUACGUGAAAUUUUGAAAACCAGUAUCCUCAUAACGGAUGCUUAUGACAUUGGCAUGAUUGUGUACGCCAUCUUGAAAAAACUAACUAAAUGUAUGUAUUUUCCAGUGUACAGGAUUCAAAUAAUGGCACUUUGAAUAAGCGAUUUUAAAAUGUGAUCAAAAUGCUGAAAAUUUAAUAGAAUAUAUUCCUGUACCUUUUGUCUUAAUGGUUGUUUUCACAAUAAUGGUUUGGUUUUCACUGAAUGUAACACGUAUUCUCAUUAAAGGUAAAAGGAAGGAGACACUAA